ACAUUUUUUAGUUCAUGACUAAAGCGGGCGGCGUGUAGACGCUCGCUUUCCUUGGGUGCAUCAAUUAUUAAAAAAUCACAUUAGGACAGCGUUUGCUCGUCCUCGGACAUAUUGUGAAUAGUGCAAUAAUGUAUUGGAAGAGAAAAAGACACGAUUUUCGUAGUGUUAUAUUAUAGCGCAGGUGUUCCCUAUUGGAGUUAGACGAAUACGCUUGCUGCUAAAAAGAUGCACAGCUGUGAGCCGCUGCCGACGCUGGGGGCGCCUUUAGGCGUGGCGCCGGCGUCGGGGCCCGCGCUGCUGCGUCAGCUCGGCCGCCUUAUUGUGCGCGCGCGCAGCCCUGCCGCGCGCCGUAACGCCAAGCUGCGCGCCGCUCACCCCUCCACCAGCCAGGUGGUGCCGCAAUCGAAUGUGGAGUUCCCGGAGCCGCAGUCCGCCGUGGAGGAGCAGUUGGAUAGCCACGUGACGGCGCUUUGGAAUGAACAGAUCCCCGUUUGCAUUGAGGUGCUGCUGGCGCCCGAGUGCGCGCAAUGCCGCGCGGCGCUGGCCGGCGGCGAGCUGGCAUACGAGGCGCGGUCCGCGCCUCCUCUGCUGCUGCUCGAGCGCUGGACCAUCCGCGCAUCGCUUAACAAAGGGCACGAGGCGCCGGGGUUCUCGACGUCGCAGUGGCUGCUGAACGCGGUGCGCUCGCAGCUGCACUUCUCGCAGCUGGCCGCCUGGCGCGCAACUCUGCAGCACGGCCCCGCGCACGCACAAGACCCCAACGAGCGACGUCGCAAGCUGAGCCGCGAAACGUGCAACUUUAAAAAACUGGAAGCGAACUGCGACGAGGAGGAGCCGCCCGCAGAGGAGCGCAAGCUGAACGUAGUCUACUCCAUCAAGAUCCCGGGGGAGAGCUACAAGAUGACCGAGUUCAGUCGCACGCCCACCGACCACCAGUUCCCCGUCACCAGCAUCGGCGGCAACAUGUUUCUGAAGGUGGUCCUCGAGAGUCUGCCGCGCACCGACGAGAUCCCCACUGUGAAGUGCACCUGCCAACCGAAGCGGCGCGUCAGCAAGGAGACGCCGUCCUCCGCGCACGACGACCUGGCGGGCAAACUGGGAGAUCUCUCGCUCGGCCCGCGCUGCACCAAGUACCCCGACCUCGCCAUCAACUCCAACAUCGGCCCCGCGGCUCGCCGCAACUCCAUCGUCUCCAACCCGGCCUCCGCGGGAUACGUCUACACCUCCAAUUCGGAUACCGAUAAAUGUAAUAUACUCGACGACAGAAUGCUGACCCCAUGCAGUGAAAACGGUAAACACAAAUGCAAUUGCGACGAGGAAUCCGACGGAAAUCAUAGAUCUUCCAUUAGCGUAAGUCCACAGGAGACGAAGAAACUAGACGAGCGACGGCUCAAGGAGAUAGCCAAGUACAAGAGGAGGCUGAGGAAGGAGAGCAAGCUCAAGAAGUUGUGCGACAGUACGUCCUCCGAGGGCGAGCCGAAGACCACGCACACCUCCAUCCCCAUCCUGCAGGCCGCGCGCUUCGACAGGUUCCGCGCCAUCGGCUGCUACAGGAACCAGACAUAUCUCACGCUGCCGGCCACCAGGAUAGAGAGCAAGUCUCCUUUCAUAGAAACUGAGUGCAUACCGCCCUCGGAGUUCAGGAAGAGCAACACUGUGUCCACACAGACAGACGAUGUCGCUUGUCAGUGCGGCGCCGUGCUGCAGAUGCACUGCACCACCUGUGACAGAACAUCGGGGGGCGCUGCCGACCGGGGCAUGGAUAAGUCGCAGAAUAACUGCGACCGAGAUACAGUUAGAUCUGAUGGUAACUGCGAUCGGGACAUACUCAGGUCGGACGGUAACUGCGACCGGGACAAAGUCAGGUCGGACGGUAACUGCGACCGGGAGGUGAUCAGGUCGGAGGGCAGCUGUGACCGGGGCAUGGUCAGGUCGGUAGGCAGCUAUGACUUGGCCGCGGCGGACAAGGAGAACGGAGCGCGGAGGAAGCGCGAGGACGACGAUAAGGCGCUGAAGAAGCACAAAUGUGAUAACCCUAGCAGUAAUUUAACGUGUGAUAUAGAUAGUUUAGUUAACGGUAGUAUUAGUGAUAAGUCCGGGGACGAGUCCAUUAUAAAGCGGCCGAAGUUGCGCCGGUUCUUCCCCGUCGUCGACAGGAUAGAGAAGAUAGUGGCGGACAGGACGCAGCGGGAGCAGGAGGCCGAGCACAGGGAGAAGGACAUAGAAGAAUUGAAUCUGCGAGACGACGACACCGUCUUCUCCGUACCCAAACCCGAAGCCAAGAGACAAAAGACUUACUCGGUCAACGAGGACUACGUUCUUUACGAGAAUUGCGACUACGGCUCGUUCGACAGAUGCGACGCGGAGUCCCCCAAGGAGACGUCGGACCACGAGGGGUUCAAGUUCCCCGAGCCCCGGAGCGAGCACCAGGUGCCGUCCCCCACCGAGGUGGACAGGUUCCGCUGGAGAUUCGACUCGGCCGCCUCCAUGGUGUUCCACUCCAAGACCGGCCUCCCGCUCACCUCCAGUCCCGCGCCGCUGAGGAGGGGCAAUAAUUGUUUUGAUUUCGAUGACUCCAUUAAUGGUGUAUCUGGUAUUAAAAGCGCUCUGUUCCACCCCGCGCCGGCGGGCGAGGGUGAGGUUGUGGGCGAGGGGGCGGGCAGGGGGGCGGGGUGCGAGGCGGGCGGGUCUCCGCGCACGCCCACGCCGCCGCCCCGCAAGCCCGACAAGCCGCGUCUGCGUCUCGGCUCCAGCACCGGCCUGCUCGGCAGCUUCGAGGAGUCUGCGCUGAAGGGCCGACUGGAGCCGGUGGCGACCGUGCACGGCUUCACGGCGGAGCUGGGCGCGUCGGGCGCCUUCUGCCCGCCCCACCGCCGGCUGCCCGUCACCGUCUUCUUUUACGCGCCCGGCGGCACCAACGCCCCCUACAUGGGGCACAUAAACCUGGGCGCGAGCGGGUACCGCGUGCCGCGCGCGGGCACGGUGCAAGUCUCGCUGUUCAACCCGCACGGCACCCUCGUCAAGAUGUUCGUGGUGCUGUACGAGCUGACGCGCAUGCCGCCGCGCGCGCGCACCUUCCUGCGCCAGCGCACGCUGUACGUGCCCGCCGCCGCCCCGCACGCCCCGCCGCCCGACCAUCACAAGUGGCUGCGCUACCUCAUACAUCUGCGGUUCAUGACGUCAAAAUCCGGUAAACUUUAUCUGCACACAGACAUACGUAUAAUCGUAUCGAGGAAAGCCGACCUGGACACGGCCACUGCGCACUCGGCGCUCUUCCGGCCCAUACAGAGCGCCCGCGAGAGCGAACCGGACCAGAACAAAGCUGACAAGAAGCAGGAGACGGAGAAGGGCCCGGGCGGCGGCACCAGGACUCCCAACAGGGUGUUCGGCGGCUGCAGCGACUACGGGGACUUCAAGAGCGACUACGCCGAGAUCGGCUACGAGAACAGCCCCGGCGUGCCCUACGAGCUGCGGAGCUUCACCUACGCCCCCGACAACCCCAAGUACUCCCCGCGGUAAAGCCGCCCCGCCCCUGCCCAGGAUGGCCACGCCCACUUUCUCUGACGCCCCGCCCACUUGAAGCGCGGACGCUCGGCUCGUUGUUUAGUGCCUGUCGGUGUAUUGAUUUUUGUGUUAUAAAUGUAUGUACUAAUAUGAGAUGAAUAUAUUUUUGGUUUUUAUAGAA